CUGACGGUUUAACAUUCAUGUUUUGUUUUGGCCGUCUUCUGAAAGUAUUUAAAGAAGUCACUGCUGAGCAGUCCACAUUAUUAGUUUUCUUGUUAAUUCCUUUUGAUCUGUUGUGAUUAAAAAUGAUUACGAAAAAUAUUCUCGUUGCCCUUGUGGUCCUCGUUUCGUGUGUCUAUGCCACUCGUUUCAGAGUCAAUAAGGGCUGUGUGACGUUUCAAAGGGGAGAUGGAAGGAUCUUCGGACAAUGCAGCGGCAAAGGCCUAGACGUAAGUCCGCCCAUUACGGUGUGGGGACGGCUGGAAGGCGGCAAAGGGCAGAAGACGAAAGCCGGCUGCAAGAAGGAAUUCCACUGGCCUUCUAACUACGGGGAGGUCUUCUAUGGAGCGGACAACUGUCUUUAUGACGCAAAAAGCAACAGAAUUGACGGCCAGUGUUGUGAUGGUGGCGGCGGCGACGAAGUGUUCAACCCCUAUCGAGGCUAGAAGCAACGUUUCCCAAAAAACCGCCUUGUGGUUCGGUCGAUAGUGAAACAAAGAAUGAGGGCAGUUUCUCGAGACUGCAGUUUUGAACACAAUUUUACAUUUAACGAUAUUGGUACAAUAGUAAAACUGAUAUCCUCUUGUGAAAUGAGCAUAUACUGGCAGCGUGACAUGCCUGUCUCUGUACAUUUUGCCCACACUGUGUAAUUUACCAUUUAGCUAUCAUUUUUAGUUUGUUUUAGUUAUGGUCCCUUACCCUCGUCAAAAAGUAUUUUCUGAAUUAUAUCGAAAUACUACAUU